AUGUUUAAACUCAACAAAGCUCUAUAUGGGUUGAAACAAGCACCACGAGCGUGGUAUGAACGACUCACUGAAUUUCUAAUCAAAAAGGGCUACAAAAGAGGAAGAGUUGACAAAACCCUAUUUGUCAAACACUAUGGUCAAGACAUUGUCAUUGCUCAGAUCUAUGUUGAUGACAUAGUUUUUGGAUCAACACUUGAAAGCCACAAAAACCAAUUCAUCACUAACAUGGAAGGAGAAUUUGAGAUGAGCAUGGUAGGUGAACUAAACUACUUCUUAGGCCUACAAACAACACAACUAGAUAAUGGGAUCUUUGUAUCACAAAGCAAAUAUGCAAAGAACCUAGUUAAGAGAUUUGGUCUAGAAGAAAGCAAAGUUGUCAGAACACCUGUUCCAACAACAGAAAGGAUUUCAAAAGAUUUAGAAGGUAAAAAGGUUGAGCAAACUCUCUAUCGAAGCAUGAUAGGAGGCCUACUGUAUUUAACUGCAAGUAGGCCAGAUCUAAACUUUGGAGUAGGAAUAUGUGCCAGAUAUCAAGCCAAUCCUACCGAACAACAUCUAAAAGCAGUUAAAAGAAUCAUUAAAUAUGUCAAAGGAACUACCGACUUAGGAAUUUGGUAUUCUUUCGAUACCAAUCAUCACUUGUCAGCCUAUUGUGAUGCCGAUUAG